GGACAGAUAUAAUUUAAAUUUUUGCUGUUUGGAAGCAACAGAGGAGACGGGAAAAGAGAGGGGGGGAGAGAGAUGAGAAAUGCAAGGGAUGAUUGUGAGCAAAUGCACUGCAGUUAAAUGUACUUUAAUGUGCUUGAAGUACAUUAACAUACUGGGAACACCGAGCAGAGGAUUCCUCUCUACUUCAGUCUGGCGGCCAGUCUCUGGCCCUGGUCACAGCUGGUUUGGAAUUUCCUUUAUAGGCCUUUAAUGCCAGCUUUAGGGUUAUGGUCACUGGUGUUCUUAUUUGUCGAGAGUCUGCCUUAGUUACACAUGCUUCACUGUGGUUCAGAUAGUCUGCAGACUAGUUUUUUCAGGGAUUUAUAGCCUUACAGCUUGUUGCUCACUGUGAUUUGUAGUUCCUGGAAACUCCAGUAUUCCUGUACAUAUCCUCCCGUGUUCCUGUUUUAUUCAUUGAGGCUUGAUAUGUAGGAAAAUGCAUGUUGAGUAUUACCACCUACUGAGUUUAGGAGUUCUGCACUGUGAUGGUUUGUCCUAAAUACCAAUGGAACCUAUGGGCCAAGAUGGCUGCUCCUAUCUCUAGCAGCCCAGUGUGAUUGUGAUCCCCAAUGAAGUAUCGGGGCACCCCUGACCCCAAUAGGGGACGUUCGUUCCUGGGCGGAUGGAGCCCAAUAAUCAGCCCAGACGAGAGGACUUAAGAUCAAAGUUUUAUUUGCCCUUAAGUAGCAAAGGUGCUGCUCGGCUCGCACUCAAAGCACGACAGAGGCCUGAUACAGAAGCAACACAUUUAUACACCAAAUUAUCCUUAAGAAAACAGUUACACAAAAAGAAGCAGCUAUAUGUCAUAACUCAUGUAUGAAUCCCUAUGCUGGCCUGGUAGACUGUUUGCGGGCCACUUGGCUAACAGGAAAGACGCGCCCUGUGGAGUAUCGGAGAGAGCAGCUGGAGGCGCUUGGUCGCUUUCUGGAUGAGAGGAAGCAAGAUAUUAUAAAUGCCUUGCACCAAGAUCUGCGCAAGCCCCCUUUUGAGACGGAGCUCUCUGAGCUUUCCCUCACUAGGAAUGAGGUGAACUGUGCACUCAACAACCUGUGCUGCUGGAUGAAGGAUGAAUGCGUGCACAAGAACCUAGCCACAAAGCUUGACUGUGCCUUCAUCCGUAAGGAUCCCUUUGGAGUGGUAGUCAUCAUUGCAACCUACAACUACCCCAUCAACCUUGCCUUGAUACCACUGGUGGGAGCUAUUGCAGCUGGGAACUGUGUGAUUCUCAAACCUUCAGAACUAAGCACCUGCACUGAAAGACUCCUUGCUGAUACACUACCUUGCUAUCUUGACCCGGAUACCUUUGCGGUGGUGACAGGCAGCCAUGAAGAGACCGGUCAGUUACUGAAGAACAAGUUUGAUUACAUCUUCUUCACAGGAAGUCCCCGGGUGGGGAAGAUCAUUAUGGCUGCAGCGGUCGAACACCUGACACCUCUGACUCUGGAGCUGGGAGGCAAAAAUCCCUGCUAUGUGGACAAGUGCUGCAACUUCCAGAAUGCAGCCAACCGCAUCGUAUGGGCCAAGUACUUCAAUGCUGGCCAGACCUGCAUUGCGCCAGACUAUGUGAUCUGCACCGUGGAGACGCAGGAGAGGCUGAUGCCUUGCUUGCGCCAGGCUAUCCGUGAGUUCUAUGGCUGCUUUCCUCAGGACUCGGCCGACUUUGGCCGCUUGAUCAACGACAAGCACUUCCGCCGUGUACGAGCCCUGCUGGAUUGUGGUCGAUUGGCCAUUGGUGGAGAGACAGAUGAGUGUGACCGCUACGUUGCCCCGACUGUGCUGGCUGAUGUGAAGCCAUGGGAGCCAGUCAUGCAAGAGGAGGUCUUUGGGCCCAUCUUGCCCAUCGUCACCGUGGGAGACUUAGACGAAGCCAUCGCAUUCAUCAACUGCAGGGAACGCCCGCUGUCUGCCUAUGCCUUUUCCUGUGACUGCAAGGUUGUAAACCGGUUUUUGGACUGCACCAGCAGUGGUGGCUUUUGUGGCAAUGACUGCUUGAUGCAAACUACAUUGGUCUCCCUCCCAUUUGGUGGCAUUGGAAACAGUGGGUUUGGGAAGUACCAUGGCAAGUUCACGUUUGACACAUUCUCUCAUCAUCGCGGCUGCCUCCACCGCUGCAUGGGCCUGGAGACAAUCAACCAGCUUCGUUACCCACCCUAUACCGAGCACAACCUGGGGUUGCUACUCACCUCAACAGAGGUCAAGCGCAAAGGCAUGUGCACCCUGCUGUGAAUGCCCAUGAAUCACAUAUGCCUUGUGCCACCUGGAGUUGCUAGGAAGAACUGGAGAGAUUGUUCUUUCAUCUGGGAUCUUGCCUUGCCUCCUGAAAAGGCCCUUGCAAAAAGCUCUACUUUCUUGGGGGGGAAGGGAAACAUCCCUGUCCUGGCCCUCUUCCCCAUCCCAUUCUUUCCCCUAGUUUAGUACAGAUUAGUUAAUACUGUUAGGACACUUCUUGUGUUGCUUUCCAGCUCUCUUUGCCUAGUUAUUGGGAAGGGUGAGAAAAGGCAAGAGAUAAGUAAGCCAGGUAUGUUGCACAACACACCUGCUGCUUCACUUGUGCCCUGGACUAGUAAUCCCUUUGAGUAAUAACAAUGGGAAUGUAGAUAAGUGAAUAGUCUUAAAGGAGAGAUAAAAGUAUUUAUUGUGAAUAUUAUUUAUCAUAUUUUAAUGCUGCCUGAUAUGUACAUCUCGAGGCAGAGUACAAAAAUUAACACAAUAUAAAACAGAGUAAAAACAUUCAAAAUUUCACAAAAUGCAGCAAAGAUCUCAUAAAACAAAAACAAAUUAAACAGUUAAAAUUAUGUAGGGGCUGGGUCCAAAAGGUUUAACCCAUGCAAGCUGUGGUGCAGACACAUUCUCCACCAAUCAUGUACUUUCCACAUAGAUAUGCCUCUUCUAGAAAACGAACAUUCUUUCAACAUCUGUUUCUGCAAAGCAGUCCUUUCUUUAACUUAGAUUUCUCCUCCCAUUAGUUUCUAUAGAGAACAGCUAAGUAUGUUUACUCAGAAGUAAAGGCUACCAAAUGCAAAGGGACUUCUUAGUAAAUAUGCUAAGGACUGCAGCCUUACUGAUAUUACUUGCAAAAUAUACGAUUAUACAAGACAGUGUUUUUUGCUUCUGUAAUAAAGGCCUUCCACCAAACCUUG